AUGACACGAUCUCUCGGUACCACUACUGCGGCCGGGUCCUCGAAGCAGGACCUUGGGGCGACCAUGCCGCCAAAUUACAAGGCGCGCGUUGGGGAUCUUGAGACAUUUGAGCUUCCCGCGGUUGUCACCGGCUCACUGGCAGAUGUUGAUCUGGGGAAGGCGCUGAUAGCUGCCUGGCGGCGAGACGGCAUUCUCCAGGUUGCCAUGGAAGAUUCCCAGAAAGGUCUCUUGGGUGAAACAUUUGACGCUAGCAAGAACUUUUUCCGAAAGCCUCACAGAGAAAAGGCGGCGUGUGUAGACUCUCAGAGUUACUCUGGCUACAUUGCCUCCGCAGAAGAAAUCACUGAUGGAAUACCGGACUACUCGGAGAUCUUCACGGUGACAAAAGACCUCGAGUUGUCCGAGCCAAGAGUGAAGAGCCAUUGGCCUUGCCAUGGCCCAUGCCCAUGGCCGGACGAUGAGAUGAAGACCCCAAUGCAGCGAUAUAUGGACUACCUUGGCCAGAGUGGAGAAAAACUCCUCCAGCUGGUUGAGUACGGCCUGGGUGUGCCCUCAGGAGCUUUGACCAACUAUACCCAGGACGGCUGGCAUCAUAUGCGUAUUCUCAGGUUUCCCGCCGUGAAUGCCGCCAACGGAAAAGGAAAGGAUGGCCGUGGUAUCGGAUCCCAUACCGACUACGGCCUUUUGGUUAUUGCCGCGCAGGAUGAUGUAGGAGGUCUCUUUAUCCGCCCUCCCGCCGUUGAUGAAACAACUGCAAAUUGGGAGCAAAGCGCUGCCGGUUUAUGGGAAGAUGAUGACGGCUGGACAUACGUCGCCCCUGUGCCAAAUGUCUUCACAGUGUUUCCAGGUGAUAUGAUGCAAUACUUGACCAACUCCUAUCUCCCUUCAACGCCGCACAAAGUAGGCCUCAACACUCGUGAGCGAUUUGCUUUUGCCUACUUCCAUGAGCCCAGCUUUCAAUCGGUCAUCACUCCUCUAGAAGGAUAUGAUGGUGGUCAGAAUCCCAGAGAAGGUAUUCAUUAUGGGACACACUUCACGAACAUGUUCAUGAGGAACUAUCCGGAUCGUAUAACGAGCCAACGGAUUAUCAGAGAGAACAGAAAAGCUCUGUUGGCAGACAGAGCGCUGAGGGCAGAAAAUGUGCUGAGUGCAUCAACCUGA